AGGAGUUGUGAUUUAAGUAAAACACGACUCUCUGUUCGGCCAACGUUUACUGCAAGUUCUAAAACUACGAGCUAAAAUUUUCUAAAAACAUCGAGCCAAAGUUUUCUCAAAGAGCCCACCCGGGAACAUGGACCAGUGUGGGGGCAACAAGGAGGUCUGUGAGGUGUCCGAGCAGCUGGAGAAGUCAGGUUGAAUUCAGAAGGUAAGAGAGCUGCCAAAGAAGGGGACAUCAAAAAAGCUCUGGAUUUGUUCAAACGGGCUUACAAGCUUUAUCAGACUCCUAAACUAGAGUGCAGGAUUAAAAAAAUCGAAGAAGUCCUGACUCAGACCAACUUGGAGGAUGAAGAUGAUGAGUUUGUAAAUGUGAACAACAGCGGUUUGUUGCUGUACAGAGAACUGUACGACAAACUGUACGACUACCAGAGAGACGGGGUCUCCUUCCUGUACGGUCUCUACAGAGAUGGUCGGAAAGGAGGAGUUCUGGCGGACGACAUGGGGCUGGGGAAGACCAUCCAGGUCAUAUCGUUCCUCUCAGGCAUGUACGACAACGAGCUGGCCAAAAACACGCUGCUCAUUAUGCCCACGUCCCUCAUCACAAACUGGACCAAGGAGUUCUCCAAGUGGACUCCCGGCAUGAGGGUGAAGCAGUUUCACGGGACCAGCAAGACUGAGAGGAGCAGAGAUCUGGAGAAGGUUCAGAGGAGAGGCGGGGUCAUCAUCACCACCUACACCAUGCUGAUGAACAACUGGCAGCAGAUGGCUUCAUAUCAGGGGCGGGAGUUUGUUUGGGACUACAUGAUCCUGGACGAGGCCCACAAAAUAAAAAACUCUUCCACCAAAACGGCCAAAAGUGCGUACGCCAUCCCCUCCAAGAACCGAGUUCUCCUGACGGGAACGCCGGUUCAGAACAACCUGAAGGAGAUGUGGACGCUCUUUGACUUCGCCUGCCAGGGAAGUCUCCUGGGAACAGCCAAGACCUUCAAAAGUGAAUACGAGAACCCCAUCACUCGCGCCCGGGAGAGGGACGCCACCCCUGGAGAAAAAGUCCUCGGCUCUAGAAUGUCUGAAAACCUCAUGGUUCUGAUAAACCCCUACUAUCUCCGCAGGACUAAAGCAGAAGUGCAGCAGAAGAGGAAAGAGGAGGGAUCAAACAUCAAAGAUGAACAAGACGCCCGUGAGCGGUCCCACUCUGGAGCAGUGAUGCCACAACUGACCCGAAAGAACGACCUGAUUGUCUGGACUUACCUGAGCGUCGUUCAGGAGGCCAUCUACAGACAGUUCAUAGAGCUGGACCACAUCAAAGAGCUGCUGAUGACCACCAGGUCUCCUCUGGCGGAGUUGACCAUUCUGAAGAAGUUGUGUGACCACCCGAGGCUACUGUCUGCCAACGCCGCAGCAAAGCUGGGUCUGGAGGAGAGUCCAGAGGACGAGUUUCAGAGCGACACCACAGACACCAACGACAUUUCCAACCUCUCAGACCAAACCUUGAUUUCAGAGUCUGGAAAGCUUGUAUUCCUGUUGGCGCUUCUGGAGAGGCUGAGAGAGGAAGGCCACCGGACCCUCGUCUUCGCUCAUUACAGGAAGGUGCUGGACAUCAUUGAGCGAAUCCUGGGGAACCGAGGCUUCAAAGUCCUGAGGCUGGACGGUACCAUCACACAGCUAGCAGAACGAGAGCGACUCAUCACCCUCUUCCAGACGAACAGGAAGUACUCUGUCUUCCUCCUCACCACUCAGGUGGGCGGAGUCGGGAUCACUCUGACUGCAGCCAACAGGGUGGUCAUCUACGAUCCCAGCUGGAACCCGGCGACCGACGCCCAGGCUGUGGACAGAGCGUACCGCAUCGGGCAGACCGACAACGUGGUCAUCUACCGGCUGAUCACCUGCGGCACGGUGGAGGAGAAGAUCUACAGGCGGCAGGUGUUCAAAGACUCCCUGAUCCGACAGAACACUGGGGACAAGAAGAACCCGUUCCGGUACUUCAGCAGGCAGGAGCUGAAGGAGCUCUUCCUGCUGGAGGACCCGCACACUUCGUCCACCCAGCUGCAGCUGCAGGCCCUGCACUCCCGGCACCGGCAGACCGACCCGGGUCUGGACGAGCACAUCGCCCACCUCCACGCCAUGCACAUGUUCGGCAUAUCGGACCAUGACCUCAUGUUCUCCCUGGACGUCCACCACGACGACGCCCCCGAGAACCAGGAGGAGCAGCAGUACAUCGAGGGGCGGGUCCAGAAGGCCCAGGAGCUGAUGAGGGCCGAGUCAGAGCUGCAGGUGGGUCCAAAACACAAACUUAGACUUCUCUCAACUCAAAUAAGUCUUGAGUUUAGACUUAAAGAUGCCCUGGAAGAGGAGCAGCAGCUUCAGGAGGACACUGAGGAAGAUCUGGAGACUGAGGAAGAGGAGCAGCAGCUUCAGGAGGACACUGAGGAAGAUCUGGAGACUGAGGAAGAGGAGCAGCAGCUUCAGGAGGACACUGAGGAAGAUCUGGAGACUGAGGAAGAGGAGCAGAAGCUUCUGUCUCAGCUUCAGACCACCGGAACCUUUGACGUCCUCAGGUCUCUGUCGGAGAGUCAGAACCGCCGAGCUUCAGGUCUGGACCAGUCCGUGGACGAGUCCAUCGUGAUGACGAGCAGGAAGAAGAGGAGGGCGGUGAUUUAUGACAGCGAGGAGGAGGAGGAGGAGGAGGAGGAGGAGGCUCCGCUCAGCGACUUGUUUCCGGUUCUUGGAGCCUCCACCCCGAAAUCUGCGUCGUCUCCUCAGCGGCGCAGGAAGAGCGUGGGAAACCUGACCGUGGCGUCGCAGCGGUCCCUCCUCCGGUCCAUCAUGGACGAGGACGUUCAGGAGGACCAGAGCAGUGAUGAAGAUGAUGAGUCAGGGUCAGACUCUGAGGAAGAGGAGGCUGCAGACGAUGAAGAUCAGAUCAGUUCAACUCAUGAGGAAGACGAGGAGAACCUGGAGGAGUCCAGUGCUGAACCCGAGCUGGGCUCCGGUGAGAAGAUGGACUGCUGCGCCGCCGAGUCCAGCGGUGAGCCCGAGACCUACGAGUCCCUGGUCCUCAAAGGGAAGGAGUGCUACAGCCGGGCCAGACUGGACCAGGCCCUGAGCUUCUUCCUGCGGGCCAUCGACAUGAAACCAGGAGACCCCGAGGUCCAGAUCCUGACCAUCCAGCUGUACCGCCAGCUGACCCAGAAACAAUAAGACCCUGAGGUCCACAUCCAGACUUGGACCCUCCAGCUGACCCAGAAACACCUUCAUAUUUAAACUGUUGUUUUGUGAAGCACAUUAAUGUUAAAAAUGUCACUUUUUUCCCUGUUGGAAUAAAUGUGGAAAUGUUUUUGUACUAAUUAAAGAAAAAUUUGUAAAAAA